UGCUGUGUGUGUGUGUGUGUGUGUGUGAGACCUCUGAACUCUGGAGUACAAUCGCAGCGCUCUGGCAGCUGACGCAGCCACGUCCUGUCUUUCCAAGGAUGACUUCCUGUCAGCCACAUGAUGAUGAACAUUUGACAGCGUGAAAGUUCGACGGCAGCCCGGUGGGGUCUAUGCCGACCGUGCCCCCAUUUGGAAGCGCUGACGUAGAGCUUACCUGGAAGUCGGGAUUUGUCGUCGUUGCAAAAGAAAGCCCUGGCUUUGCUUAUUGUAAGGAGGAGGAGGUGACGCAGCAGCAAAAAAGGGAACGCGUGCACGCCGUUCUAAUUUCACGGCAGGAUCUCGGUGUUUAAGCUCGUCGGUGAUCUGCAGUUCCGGAAAGAACGCUUGGAGGUCAAUUUCAGGCUGAGCAGUUCGGAAGCCUCCUGCUGCGACGUCUCACUCGGUAUCUCAUUUUUCUAUUGUCCCAAAGCUCGGGAUAGCGUUUCUGAUGACUUUCCUGCAUUUCCCCUUUGCCGUUUGCGGUACAGUUUCGCCAAAACAGCUCUCAGAAAUCACUCUGCCAGCCCCUCUCCUGUUGGGGGCCCUUUGUGACGUCACCGCGACACCGCUCCACGGUAGAACAUUUUUCUUUUCGAGCUCGCAUCACGUCAGCUGCCGUCUGCACUUGCCGCAACGCGACAUUUCGUGGUCACGCCGCCUCAGCACAUCCACCAGCAACGGGAAAGUCGAUGCGCUGUUGUUGCCAAGUGCGCUGUGAAAAGGUGUCGUACGCCGUCAGCGUGUCGGGACGCCGGCACGUCGUCCGUCUGCAAAGGAACCGGUUGUUGCUUCCUGCGGACUUCAAAGUGUUUACAUACGCUCACGACGGAAAAAUCAUCACCGCCACGCCGGCUGUCAAGAACCACUGUCAUUAUCAGGGCUUUGUUGAGGGCAUGGAGGGAUCGUCCGUUGCCAUGAGCAUUUGUAACGGCCUCAGAGGCGUGAUGCACCUUGACGAUGACAGCUACGCCAUUGAGCCUCUAGACUCCGCCCCCGAGCAGCACCUGCUGUACCGCCUACAGGAUGUGAAAUCACAGCCUCGAGGAUGCGGGACGCCGCAUCGCCACGGCGCACGCGCGGCAUCAUCGGUGCAGGAAAUCCACCGGCGCGCCAGGGCGAAGCGAGAUAUUCUCCAUCGCACACACUACGUUGAGCUGCUGCUGGUGGUGGACAAUGACCGAUACAACAGCGUGAACCGGAACGAGAGUGCAGUGAGGGAGGAGAUGGUUCAUCUGGCCAACUUCCUAGACGCUAUCUACAUGCAGCUGAACGUGAGGGUGGUCCUGGUGGGCCUGGAGAUCUGGACCCGGCAGAACCUGAUCAGCACCGAAGGGGGCGCCGGCGAGGUGCUCGGUCGCUUCACCCAGUGGAGGGAGAAGGAACUGCUGCCUCGGCGAAGACACGACUCGGCGCAGCUCAUACUGACGAAGAGUUUUGGGGUGACAGCAGGGAUGGCGUUCGUCUCCACCGUGUGUUCAAGAAGUCACGGUGGCGGGAUUAAUGCGUUCACCAACAACAACGUGUUUGCCUUCGCCUCCAUCGUGGCUCACGAGCUCGGUCACAACCUCGGCAUGAACCACGACGACAGCCGCGCUUGCGCCUGCCCCGAGCAAGCGUGUAUCAUGAACUCCGGAGCCACAGGGUCGCGCAACUUCAGCCGCUGCAGCGCCGACGACUUCGAGAAGAUGCUGCUGCACACGGGAGGCUCGUGUCUGCUCAACGUGCCGCGGCCCGACGAGGCCUACAGCGCCCCCUACUGCGGGAACGGCCUGCUCGACUCGGGCGAGGACUGCGACUGCGGAUCGGCGAAGGAGUGCGAGAGCGACCCCUGCUGCGAGUUCUCCACGUGCCGACUGAAGGCGGGAGCCGAGUGCGGCGACGGCGAGUGCUGCUACAACUGUCGGUUCCGGCCCGGCGGCACGGUGUGUCGCGCCAGCACGGACGAGUGCGACCUGCCCGAGUUCUGCAACGGCUCCUCGUCCCUCUGUCGGAGCGACGUCUUCGUGCAGAACGGUCAUCCGUGUCGGAAUGGGCAGGCGUACUGUUACAACGGCCGCUGUCAGCAUGCCGGAGACCAGUGCAGGAGCAUCUUUGGAGCAAAAGCCAAGAUGGCGCCGGAGAUCUGCUUCAAAGACGUCAACAGCAAAGGCGAUCGCUUCGGGAACUGCGGAUACCAAAACUACGGGUACAAAAAGUGUGAGAGCAGAAACGCUUUGUGCGGCAAGCUGCAGUGCGCCAACGUGCAGGGCGUCAAAGCGUUCGGCGUGCAGCCGUCCAUCAUCAGCACGCCCAUAGGGGGCGACGUGUGCUCCGGGGUGGACUUCAUGCUGGGCUCGGACGUGCCCGACCCCGGCAUGGUCAACGAGGGCACCCGCUGCGGUCCCGACAAGGUGUGUCUGAACUUUGAGUGUCGCAACGUGGACGUCCUCAACUUUGACUGCGACGACGCCCACAACAAGUGCCACGGCCACGGAGUGUGCAACAACAACCAUAACUGUCACUGCGAGGCCGGCUGGGCUCCGCCCUUCUGCGAACAGGCGGGUUACGGGGGGAGCGUGGACAGCGGGCCCACCUGGAACGACCAAGACCAUUCGCUGAGGGACGGUCUGCUGGUGUUCUUCUUCCUGCUGGACCCUGCGGCCGCGUUGGCCGCCUUGGCCGUCCUGCGCAGGAAGCGGCUGCUGCGGCGCCUGGGCCUGACACGCAGGGGGCGCUCUCGGGCCUACCGGCCCGACGGAGCGGCGUCGGCCGAUCCCGGCGGAGGACCGCCUCCCGGGGCUCAGCCGCCUCUCGUUGCCCGUGGCGACGCCAACAACAUCCUCAGAGACCCGAAUCACAGUCAGCUUCUGCCGCCUCGUGAGGCGGAGGAGACGAGCAGGAGCGCUACCUCGUUCGCUGUGAGGCCACCGCCGCCGCCUCUAAAACCGAAACCGUGUGGCACGGCGAAGCCUCUGAUGCCCCAAAGACCCGCCCCUCCGCCGCCCGUGUAACCGCCUUCCGUACCAGGAUUCCGCACUUCCUCCUCCAGGCUACGUCCCGCCCACUCACGCCCGUUGCCUAGCGACGGCCAGGAAGCAGGAAACCGGACUCGGGUGGAUCCGCACCCAGAAAGAACUUGUCACAAACCGUCCAAUCAGAUCAGAAUCAGAUCAGAAUCCUCUUUAUUUGCCAAGUAUGUCCAAAACACACAAGGAAUUUGUCUCCGGUAGUCGGAGCCGCUCGAGUACGACAACAGACGGUCAAUUUACAGAACACUUUGGAGACAUAAAGACAUUGACAAAAAACAAUUGUGCAAAAAGAUGCAGAGUCCUCUAGCACUUAGAGCAGUUCGAAAGACUAAUAUUGCAAUAGUCCGGUGCAAUGACCGUUGUGCAAAGGGGCGCUGAGACUUCAAGGGGUGGAUGCAGUUUAAAGUGACGAGUUGUGCGAUCAUCUGGGACAAUGUUGGUUGUGCAAAUGUUACAGAUACUCCUCAAUCAGUGUGCAAAUGGAGCAGAUGCUACUCUGGCAUGAGUGGCCAGUAUUGGUCAACAACAGAUAUGCAAAUAGUGCAGCGUGGCGAGACGACGACAGGGAGUGCACGAACGAGUAAUACAUAAUUGGCCCCGCAGAAAUGGGACAACCAACUCAAGUCAAAAAAUUGCCAGCUUGUUGUAAUGGAAUUGUAGGUUAGCUGUUGAAGAAGUUGAUUGCAAGAGGGAAGAAGCUGUUGGAAUGUCUACUAGUUCUAGUUUGCAUUGAUCGGUAGCGCCUGUGAUUAUUAUUGUAAGCGUCGGCGCCGUUGAGCAUGCUGGCUAAUUAGAGUUUGCUGGUUAACGGCCAAUAGCGAGGCGUGCCUGAGCGCUGCUACUCUCAGAUAGGCUGCUUUGAAGACAGCGAGACCACUACCGCAGGAAGCGCCUCCUGCGCGAUUUUUUGUUUUUAUUUGUUUUACGGCCGCGCUCCCCGACCCGCUACGGACCGUCGGUACCGCUCCCUGGGCCGUUUGGCACCGGGCCGCGAGGAGAAACCGGAGAAAACAAUGGUUUGAAAUUCAGAUGCAUCUGCCUGCGCCUAACGCGCCGAAGCGCUCGUCUCGGUCACAAAAUACGCCGGUGAAAAAAGCUCACGGCCGAGCAAAAAUGGGGGAAAAAAAACAAAAAACGACUUCGGAGAAACAAAAGAAAGCUGGCCUUCAGUUUCGGGGAUUCAAAUCAAGGCAGGAAAUCCGCAGAUCUCAAACAAUAAAAACCCAAAACAAUACAGAUAAGCGACACCCGUUCUAAUUGCACUGGAGUCCUCGAAUUGUAUUUCUAAUGAGCAGGGAUAUGGCGGCAAAAAAAGGGUUUUUCAUAGGAAAGCGGGGGUUGCCACCCUCCACCCCAAAAAAAAAAAAAAGAGAUAGCAGUGAAUCGGCAGGUGCCGAACUGCAAAUACGCGCGGGUCCGCUGUAAGCGUCUGUAUACAAUCGCGCAAGGAGACGGAGAUGAGACCACGCCCCUUAAAGGCACACUUCCAACACAAAUACUGCAGGAUGUCCAGUAAUGACACUUGAUCAAAGCAGUGUAUAGUGGAACUCUCAUAUUGGCAGUUGAGCACCUGCAGAUUCAGCUAUCCGAUGAUUCUUUCCCCCCAAUUUGAAAAAGAACAUGUAGAAAGCCGUUAUUAUUGGCUUCUUGUAUCAUUUUCGGAGUGUGUGGCCCACCUCCCGCCCAAAGUCAGCUAGCUGGGCUUGGCGCCAGAAGCGCUAUUGGGGAAUACAACUUUUUUCACAAGGCACUUUUAUAAUGUGUGUCAAUUAUUUACAGCUUUUCGCUAUUUCGCAAAUUGCGGGGGUCCACCCUAUUUCUUUAUGUCGUCUUUGGUUAGGUUUUUAAACAAUGUUGAAUUGUUCUUGGUUAAAAACACGGAUUAACGGCGUUUGAAUUCACUUCAAUGGGGAACGCGCUCAAUUGCUAAAAUGACAAGCUCGGUGGCGGAAGGAAUAAUACUCGUAAGUCAAGGUCCGACCGGCGGCGCGCGUCUGCGGGGUGUCCGGAUGGUCAAAUGUCCGACGGUGCCGACGCCCCCGCUGUGCGGCGGCUCCGAAAUGGAUGGAAUUGUAAUCCGUUCGUUUCCUGGGAGAACAUAUGGCGUGAAAUGACGGUUGCCUCGGGAAGCUGACACGAUCGCAAUCUUAGUUCAAUUUGGAAAAAACGCUCAGGAUUUGUUGUGAAUUCCAUUCCAAACUGAGAAAACGAAUCCGGAUGGAAUGCAAUUGGUUCUCUUACUUUGAGAAAUGUUAGCGCAGUUGUGAGGUCGCGGGUUCAAAUCCGGCCCGGCCUGUGCGGAGUUUGCAUGUUCUCCCCGUGCUUGCGUGACUUUUCUCCGGGUACUGCGCUUUGGUCCCAUUCGCAUCCUAAGAAUCGAAGCGUCUGUUACGUGUGAAGGAGCGGGAACGCUUUUUUUGUCUGUAUGUGCCCUGCGAUUGGCUGGCGACCAGUCCUGGGUGUACGUUGAGCUGAGCCCGCGUGAGCGCAAGCGGUGCGGAAAAUGGAUGCGAGUUCUUGGAAUAGUUCCACGCUCACCUCCAUUUCCAAAGUCCUCUUCCCACACAAGCACGACGACGUUUCGACCGCAACCCGGCCGUCCCGAUCGGAGAGAUCGACAACGGCGAUAUAUUCGGGACGUGCGGUCCCGACCCUCGCUGAGGAAAAGAAAGCACCAGAGCGUGACCGUCAUCCGUUGCCCGCCGCGGGCUCCUCGCAUUGUUAGCCACGCAUCUGCUGCCAUUGCAGCCCUUUGGGGGACUUUGACUUUUAAUCAAGCUGUCGGCUGUGAAUCGGAUCUUUCGCUUCCGUUUGGCGUGAACAUACAAUUUCACAUUUUGAUGUAUUUAGUUUUAAACCAGAAGCAGCUGAGAAAUCAUCUAUUAGUGAGAUUGCACAGUUCAUUUGCUCUUUAUCUUUUUGAAAUAAAGCGAGUUGGGUCAAUCUGAUUUCCUUGCCGAAAACCUUGAAUCAUCAGAUUAUUCAAUAUGUGCAAUGACAGUAAUUCCACAAGAAUCAAGAAAUAAGAAGGGCGCUAUCGGUCGGCCUUGUCUUACCGAUGUCAAAACCGGAAAUCUAUGAGUCGUGUUUGGAAAUAAUAUAACACAACUGCUAAUAUCUUUAUAAAACAUUUCAAUGGGUGACACAAAAUUCUUACCAAAACCAAAAGUCUGGAGAGCUUUAAAUAAAAACUUGUGCUCCAGCAUUUGAUACUGCUUUAUUUAUAAAAACAAUUUGAUCAGAUCACUAUCAAUAUUGUCAGAGUCAUCAAGUCAAGUCAAACAAGUCAAGAACAAGUCUUAUAUUUGAGCUUAUGCGACGGUCGGUCAUAAAACCGGUCUGUGUUUCACUUCUAAACUCUCCAAUGAGAGAAUCUUCUAAUCUACAUUUAAAAGUGUGCUAGGUCUCCAAUUUUCAAUUAGCCGCCGAUCUUUGUCCGGUUUGUUGAUGAGAGUUGUCUCAUCCUCGUAGACAUUUCUGAACAAACCUUCUUUGAAUAAAUGAUCUCGAAUAAAAUUCCACUGAAAUCCCAUCACA